GUCUGUACUCUGUGGUCGAAAUCUUUUGCUUGCCGUAAUCAGCAACUUUUUUUAUUCAGUGGCUAGUGUUUAUCUUUGAAAAAUAAAUAUUACUGUGAAAGAGACGUAAAUAAAUCCAGUACAGUAAAAGAUAAUAGCUAAAAUGGGUGAUCCGUGUCAAGCUUGUCUUACAAGAGUACCCCAUGCCACUUUAAUAGCCACUAUAAUGUGCUGCUUGGGCGUGGGGGUGUUUUGUGGAACGAUGUACCGAGGUUCAGCGCUGUCUAUAUUAAUGUUUGAUGAAGUUUUUCACUUUCGCCUAAUAUGGAUCGAGGCUCUACAAAUGAUAUUUAUAGUUGGGAGUGCUUGUAUGGCCGCUUUAGGAUUCAUGCUCCUCUGUUUAGGAUGCCUUACCACAGGUGCCACGAGACAAAGAGUUUAUCGAGCUUGGCGAGCUAGAGUCGGCGGAAGGAUCUCUUGCGCAAUAUUCAUGAUAAUAACCUACAUAUUGACAUUUACUUGGAUCAUAUUGCUGGGUUUCCUUGUGAUAACUACAUUCUUAUUUACAAUAUUUUGGAAUCUAUGUUCUAAACCAGGAAACAUUGAAUUAUCAACUUGCAUAGAUUUUACACAGUUUGAUUUCCUGUUUCCUGCUUCUGUUAAACAAGAAGAUAUGAAAAUCUGUGAGGCUCACAAAAUGAAACUAUUUUGCAAGGACUAUGUUGAGAAAGCUGAAUUUAUGUUUAUUCUUGCUAUGGUGUCAUGCCUUCUAGUUAUUCUGAGUUUGGUACACUAUUUAAUGUGUUUAUCUGCUAACUAUGCACACAUAAGGGAUCAUGAGAAAUUCCAGGAGUUACAAGAAUUGCAAUACCUCACAAACCCAAACCUACAUGCCUCUAAAGACAGAUUCUAGUAUAUGGCCCGUGCGCCCUUACUGCGCUCCCUUGAGGCAACUACUAAAAUGUGACAGAAUUGAGAGAAAAUGCCUACAGAAUCUUGUGUUCAUCUUAUGAAAAUAUAAAAAGACUGAUGUAUGGUGGAGAUGAUGAUUCAAAUUAUUGUCACAUAUCUUAUUUAGACCACUGUGAAUUGAUCAAAUUUGACAUUCCAUUAAUAUUAAGGUAAUUUGUUAUAUUCUACUUUAUAAGGAAACCUUAUGGUUUUAUGCAUAAACAUACUAAAAAUAUAAGUAAAUUAUCAUAUCAUUUUGAGUAAACUAGUCUAAAAAGAAUAUUACAAAACUGCAGACUGUAAAUUCUAGAAUAUACAUUUAGUAUAUUCUUACACAAUCCCAUAGAUUCCUACAUGAUGUACUUUCCUAUUAAUAAUCAUUUUUGCCAGACUAAAAUUUUCUUAAAAGGGUUGGACUUUAUUUUAUUGAGACAAUA